UCUUCUCAGCGUUUAUAGCCCGUAUAUCCUAAGACGACCCCAUGUUUCUGUGGGUUCUUUCUUGGUUUGCGUGUGCAAUUCAGUUAGGAUUCGGUAUUUUAUGUGUAGCUGCUGGCCUCUACUACUUGGCCGAGUUGGUGGAAGAAUACACCGUAAUAGCAAGGAAAAUUAUUACACUCAUUGUUUGGGUGGUGGCAGUAGUUCAUGUAUGUAUAUGGCUGUGGGAAGAUAUUCCUGCAUUUGUGAUCGGAACUGGCUUCCUCGCUAAUGCUACUUGUGCAUUGCUGUUGAAGAACUUUCCGUUUGUCUCUCUGAGUUCAACACGUUUUCUGUCUGCUAUAGUCAUGUUAUCCGUUAACCACUAUGUGGCAUUUCAGUUCUUCACAACUGUGUAUUACCCAUUUUCAGAGAUAUUGGCUUACUUCACAGUUUGUCUGUGGCUGGUACCAUUCACGUAUUUUGUCUCACUCUCAGCCAAUGAAAAUGUUCUGCCAACAACAACACCAAUAGUUACUGUUCAUAAUGAUGGAGAUGCUGUUGCUGAUGCUUUGUCAUCCAAGAGAAGUCGUCGUUACGGCAUCCUCUCUGUUUUCAACUACAUAUUUCAUAAAGCAACCAAGGUGAUGCCAACUCGAACAAAAACAAAGUAGAAAUUGGAUACUGUGAUAAAU